GUCUUCAGAAGGUGGUCAGUGGCGGCUCCUCGCCUCUGCGAUGUCAAAUGUGGACAAGAGAUCACGUGCCAAAGCGAUAACUAUAAUCGAAAAUACCAAAUAUGUGAACUAAAUAACCGCACCAAGGAGGCGAGACCGAAAAAUUUCCUUUCAGCUCCCGCAUGGUUUUACAUCCAGCGAUUGAACGACAGAGGUAAAAAAACAAAAGUCUUUCUAUCUAAGUGAUUCGUGUUUCUUUAAAUCUUCGCCAUCGUCAGCCUGAUUCCUUCUCACCUGGAAGAACUAAGAAUAGGAAGUGAACGUAAAAUACAUCUUUACUUCAGCUCCCUUAAGUUCUAUCCCUGAAUUACCAGGGCUGUCUUGUCGCGAAAUAAAGGUGAGUGAAGCUAAACUCUCUAUAAGCGGCAAGCACUGGCUCGAUCCAACCAGGAAAGGAAAGGCAAAACUGAUUUACUGUGAUAUGGUUAACGAAGGCGGGUGCUAUAAGUUUGCUUGAGUUAUUUUAUUUUGUAACGAGUUCUAAGUAUCAUAAAACUUUUAUAGAUUAUGCUAUUAUUGAUAUCAUUAUCAUAAUAUUUGGUUUGGAUUAGUUCUAGCGUGGAUGUCUCUCUCAAGUUGCUCUAACUUAGUCACUGCUUCUCUUUUGACAUCCUAGAUUGGAUGAAUGUACAUUUAAUAUCAGCGACUGCAAUGUGAAUGCAAACUGUACUAACACGUAUGGUUCUUACAAAUGCACAUGUAAAAAGGGAUACACCGGCGAUGGACACUCAUGUUCAGGU